AUGAUAAACAGAUGCACAUCUGAUUCGGCCGCCAGUAAUAAGAGUAAUAAAAAGGUGAUAACAAUCGACCAAUUGGUGGACUUCUUGAAUAAAGAGCAAAGAGAUCCGCGACUCAAUGAAAUCCUAUACCCGUAUGCAAACCGAAGUCGCGGUCGAGAUAUCGUUGAACAGUACGAACCCAAUAAAAGUAUCGCUCAAAAGGGUUUGCUAUCAUUUGAAGGCUUUCUCCGGUAUCUGAUGAGUGACGACAACGCGAUCGUUGCGCCCGAAAAGUUUGAUCUCAACUCGGAUAUGGACCAACCUCUCAGUCACUACUUCAUCAAUUCAAGUCACAACACAUAUCUCACGGGACAUCAGUUGACCGGCAAGUCGUCCGUCGAAGUGUACCGACAAUGCCUUUUGGCCGGCUGUCGGUGUAUUGAACUCGACUGUUGGAACGGCAAGAACUCAGAUGAAGAACCCAUCAUCACUCAUGGCUUUACUGUUGUCACUGAUAUUCCCCUCAAAGAAGUAUUGGAUGCCAUCAAUGAAAGCGCUUUCAAGACGUCUGCCUAUCCGGUCAUCCUUUCAUUCGAGAACCACUGCUCACCCAAACAACAGGUGAAAAUGGCCGCCUAUUGUCGGAAGCUAUUCGCCGACCAACUCGUCACUGAGCCGUUGUCCACACAUCCUCUCAAACCCGGACAACCACUUCCGUCACCGAAUCAACUGUUGAGGAAAGUGAUCAUUAAGAACAAGAAGAAGCAUCACAUCCGGAACCGAAAGGCAAUGAACCAACAAAUAGCUGCAGAAGCAGUUGCAGAGGCAGUUGCAGAGGCAGCAGAACUGCAGCAGCAGUUGGAGUCGAGCGCCAGUUCUGCUGCGAUGCAGUCAACGCCAGAACGCCGUCCAACUCUUGUGACCAGUAAUAGUGAUGAUAGCAGUCAUUUCGACAAUGAAGACAGUCUUCAUCUCAACGGUAACGAAGAGGUGAGUUCUAACGCCGCCAAAAGCGUGAGCUGUGAUAUCGACGAACUCGACUCCGACUCGAGUCUCGAAGAGGAUGAGGCGCCGCCUCCUGAGGAACAGAUCGAACAAAUCCAGGGGACGGCCAGCAAAGAGUCGGAAGCCGGCGCCGAAAUGUCUGCCUUAGUUAUAUACGUACAACCCGUGCGCUUCCACUCCUUUGAAUACGCAGACAAACGGAACCGAAGCUUUGAAGUCUCGUCUUUCGUCGAAACUCAGGGCACGAGUCUAUUGAAGGAAAGACCGGUUGAGUUCGUUAAUUUUAACAAAAGACAAUUGAGUCGUAUAUACCCUCGAGGAACACGAGUUGACUCAAGUAAUUAUAUGCCACAAGUCUUCUGGAAUGCCGGCUGUCAGAUGGUUGCCCUCAACUUCCAGACAUUGGACUUAGGAAUGCAACUAAAUUUGGGAAUAUUUGAAUACAACGGUAGAAAUGGGUAUCUUUUGAAACCAGAUUUCAUGCGAAGACAUGACAGGAAAUUUGAUCCGUUCACUGAAUCCACUGUCGAUGGUAUCAUUGCCGGAACAGUUACUAUAAAGAUAAUUUCCGGACAGUUUUUGUCUGACAAAAGAGUUGGUACUUUUGUUGAGGUGGAUAUGUAUGGACUGCCGGCCGAUACAGUGCGGCGAAGACGGACCAAAAUAAUACCGUCUAAUGGUGUGAACCCAGUCUACGACGAGGAGCCGUUCGUAUUCAAGAAAGUAGUUCUUCCAGAACUGGCGUGUCUUAGAAUCGCUGCAUUCGAAGAGAACAACCGUUUCAUUGGCACAAGAAUUCUUCCAGUCGUGGGCUUACGUCCCGGUUAUCGACACAUUUCGUUACGCAAUGAAUCGGGUCAACCACUUUCGAUGCCCACACUCUUCGUUCACAUCACAGUCAAAGACUACGUUCCCGACGGACUCUCAGAACUGGCCGACGCUUUGGCCAAUCCUAUUGCCUACCAAUCGAUGGUCGAAAAGCACGCAAAACAGUUGCUGGCGUUGACCGACGAAAUCGAUGACUUGUCUCUCACUAACACACAAACCGAUACCUCCUGUAAAGUGACAGUCAAUGUGUCGCCCGAACACCAAAUGGUUUCCCGAAGGUAUACAUCUGAUGAGGAGAAGAAUCCAAUGAAGUCAUCGCUGUCUACGACCAAAGACACGACCGAUUUGAGUGCGACCGCACCCACCAGUCGUGUCGAUACAGCGAACGGCAACUUUCAAAAGACAAUUUCCGCCGUCUCGAACACGUCUUCGCCGGUGCACAGGGUUUCUGCUUCACCACUAUUAAGACAGGACACACUCAAACGUCUCAAUCAAUCCAUACGCAGUCUUUCAGAUGAUGUCGCUCUCGAGAAGUCUUCAUCACUGCUCGAGUCAACCGAAGCCAAUAUAAGCGCCGAACCGUUGGAUAAAAUAAAAGAGCAUAAAAUAGUUCAGAAAGUGAUCACUAAAAUAGAAAGGGAUUUAAUGACUGUUCGCAAGAAAUACGACAAACUGAAGGAAAAGAGACGAGAAGUGGUUCAACAGGAAGAAGAGAGACUAACUCAGGCUCAGGAGAAGCAGAAGACAGCGUGGGUUAAGUCACAUUCCAAGCUCUCUAAGAAGUCCUCCUCGUCUGACGGGCCGUCAACUCGAAGGCAAAGUUUGCAGUUCCUCUCUAUGCCAUCCUAUAGGCACCUCAUGAAGAGACGAUCCGAAGUGGAUCUCCAAAGUGUACUUAACGAACAUCAAACCAAAAUUGAGGAAUUGCACAGAAUGUUCUCACAAACUAUGCUUAACCUGAAUCAGGAACAGUUCAAAGCCGAACUGGAUCUCUAUGAGAAAUACCAUGAUCAGGUUUCCACCGCUAUUGAGAAAGCGAUAAAUGUCUCGCAAACGGGUCAACAGCAACACCUUCAGGCACUCCACGACCAGGAGGUGAACACUCUUAUGAAGCGACUCGAGGCUCAACACAAAGAGGAAUUGAAUACAUUGAGCAAAAAGCACAAGGACAAGAAUGAAUUGGCCAGGAUCAAACGGGAACUGCAACAGAAGUUCAUAGAACAGGCUGUGGGCGAAAGACAGCGCUUCCAUUCCUUACUCCUGAAACGCAAAUCAGAACUGGAAGUCCGUCACGAAGAGGUCCGCAAGAAGUUUGACGAAGAAAAGCAUCUGAUUCUCGAGAGGAGGCGAACCGAAUACGAAGAGAAGUGUCAGAAUGUGGUCAAACAAUACGAGUCCAAUCCAUUGCUAUUCACAUCAUCUCUGCCGACGACCUCUUGCUCUUUAGGACAUAAUAUUCAAUCGCACGACUCAUCGACCGCUUUGUGAUGACUCUAACCACUCGUUCUUUCAGAACUGAAUUUUCUGUAAGUUUUUAUGUAUUAAUUAUAAGUGAAUAUUAUU